ACGUGUUCGAAGAUUUCGAAAAGUCGAGUGCGUUUAGAAGCGAUUAGCGUAACUGAUCGUAAAACGGCUUACUCUGAGCGUAGCCCCUAAGUCAGCGGCGGUUUCGCAGGGUUUCGUGUAGCCAAACAAUCUCUACCGGAGCUGCUUCCAGAAUUCAUUUUAUAAGAUCCGCGAUCUUUUGAUUGCAAAGCUCGGCAGAUCGUUAACUUUGAUAAAGGCGGCGAUUUCAUGCGAAGGUUACCGAUUAAAUUAAACACGAGCGAUGCACGAACGCGUGGAGACACAUCGAAGACACUUUAUCUGAUCGCAAUCGUCGGCUGCAGGAGUGGAUGCAGGAGCGUUGUGCAGCUACCUGCGAAGUUGGAACAAGUGUCGCCUACGUUAUUGUAUGGCAUUCCUUUCGUUCGGCAGACAAACGUCGGCCGGCGAAUAAUUAACGACUGACGAGUCUACGUUCAAAGUAAUAAAGGCUUUUCUAAUAAUUCCGCGAAGCGCAGUGGCGAACGCGCGGCACACCGUUCGGCGUGACAGUUUCCAGGAGCUGCGCAAAACGCACAAGGAAAAUCGUAUAGAGUCUAAAAACCACCUAAUUAAAAAUGCAAACGAGCAUAUUGUACGUAUUGUGCGCUGCCGUAAUCUCAGUCCAGGCGGCUCCAGAAUUGCAAUUUUUACAAAUCAUAUUCGCACAUAAACCGUACGCUCCGAUUUCGGCGGUGGUAGACAACGAGAACGUAAGUUUCCCAGCCAACUUAACGUACGAACACUUCGACUUUGCUCCGUUCAACAUGCCCAACGAAGGCAAACUCAACAUGUAUAAUCUAGGAGUGCAUUUACGCGACGUGUACGAUGGAUUUCUGGGUGAGAACUUCACGAGUAGAGUAAUGAAAGUGCGAACUGCGGAAUAUCCGUUGUCAAUAAUGUCUGCGCAAUUGGUGAACGCAGGCCUCUGGCCACCAUCCGAAAGAGAUAGAUGGAACGAUGAUUUAAACUGGCAACCAAUCCCCUCAGAUUACGUAACCGCCGAAGAAGACACUUUGCUGUUGGGGCAGCGUUGUCCAAGCUUCAGGGCUGACAUGAAAGAAGUGUUAACAUCGGAUGGAAUGAAACCAGUAAUGCUGCAUCAUUCACCGCUAUUUAAUUUCGUGUCGAAUCAUUCUGGAAUUGAGAUAGAUAAUCCAUCGGAAAUAACUCUUUUAUACGCAGUUCUCGAAACAAAAGCUAGUCUCAACGAAUCUCUCCCGUACUGGGCCGAGGAUAUUUUCCCCGAUGGCGGAAUGUACAACGUAACUUUGCUGCAAUACGAUCUUCUCUCGCAAACUCCGCUUCAAAGGCAACUGAACGGAGGGACGUUGAUAAAAGAGAUGUUGACGAACACGAUAGAACACAUCGAUGGCAGAAUAUCCGAGGAACGAAAGCUUAUGAUGUACAGCGGCAACGACAGGAACAUAGCCGGCCUCUUGAAGAGUCUCGAUUUAUGGUCGCCUCAUAUUCCCAACGAGGCUGCUGCUGUGAUCUUCGAAACUUAUUUCGACAAUGAGACUGAACACUAUGGGAUAAAGAUUAAUUACUAUACAGGAGUGGAAGGUGACACUAUUCCUCUGACGGUACCAAAUUGCACCGAAAUUUGUCCUUUGGAUACGUUCUUAGAUAUGUUUUUCGACUUGAUCCCAGCAAACGCAGUGUCGUUGUGUCACCGAAAGAAAAUUCAAACCGUUAAUCUGGAAAUCGAAUGGAAAACGGAUAUUUACAAUCGAUCUGAAUCUCAUAAACCGCAUAACGUGAUAUUUAUAUUCUUGUUUGUACUUGUUCUCUUUACAUACUAGUUGAUCUGUAUAUUUCGCGUAAGCAAGGUACACGUUACAUAUAAUUUCACUGUGACAACAUGUAAUAAUAGAAACAAAUUAACAAUGUUUACGUGUUUAAGUACUUUCGCUAUAAGUUGGGAAGCUUAUAACGAAUAAAGACUGCAGGACUCGAAACGAAAUGUUUGUUUAAAAAAUAUAUCGUUAGAGUGACGUGUUACAUUCAAUUAUUAACGCUAGAUUCACAUUUAUUGUUCCCAGAAAGAUUGAUGUUCGUUUAGAUUUAGAAGAUCAAAUGUUAAAAUGUAUUAUUCGGAACCAUAAUCACAAACAUUUAUCAAAUAAUGUUUAUAAAAUUCAAUAUGAGUCAAAGUGACUCAUCUAAAUCUAGUGUUAAACGUUCAAACGUUGCUUAUCAGCGCAUUAAUAUAUUUAACAAUCGACGCGACAUUUUCGUGAAUGGAACGAAGGUUUCCAUUGCAAUUGUACUGAAGUCGUUAAGUAUCAUUUGCCACCGACGUUCUCGUGCUUGAAUGCUCUCCUGCAGUAUAACGCCCUCAAAUUUCAAUUGUUUCUUCCAUAAUUCAACGACGGAUAGCGUUGUUUCUUCUUCGAACUGAUUGUCAGGUUUAUUAGUGAACACCAGCAGAUAUUUUCCCAAGCAGAUGCUUAACGAAUAAAAUAUAAUGUGCAAUUGAUUCGCUGUACCGUGGACAUUCGCUUUUCUGCUAUUUGUUAAUGAGAUCAAGAUACUUUCGUAACAUUUCAGUUUCGCUGUUAGAUAAUUGAUUAUUUCGAUGCAAACUCCCAUAGAAGCGCACAGCUCUAAGAUAAUGGAUAUCCGGUGAGUUAAUAUUGUAACCUGAAACAGAUCAAUGUUUCGCUGCAAUGUUUUUGACGUGGCAGAGUAAGAAACGUUUUAUAAUUCAAUAUAAAAUGAAAUGGAAUAAAUGUAAAGUAAAUAUGUACACUUUAUUAUUUUUAGUUCAGUUCAAUCAAAAUUAAUGUUACUCUGUUGCACAAGGCAUCAAUGUUUUAUCUUCUAAGUAAAUGUUUAUUUAACAAUGAACAGGAGAUUUUCUUUUCUUCUCCGAAAUGAUUAGUAAUUAAAUAACUCUGAUAGAUAGAAUCACAAAAAUAAUCGUAUAACAAAGGGUUAAAGGAGAUGUUCAGAAAAAUGGUAAUUAUUUCCGAUACUUCUAAGAAU